AUGCUCGACGUGAUCAAGGCGGUCGAUCCAACAUUGGUUGUGAUCGACCCACUUUUAAGACAGGCAAAUGACGCAGUGCUGCAGCUGGGAUAUCGAUACAUGAUUCUAUCUGCGAGUAAUUUACGCGACGUGCUCAUGACACAGCAGCCAGCGGGCAGAAUGAUUCGGGAGUUUCCCGCCAUUGGAUCUGGAUUCUCGUCCCCUUUGCCAUGGUACAUUGUUCCGUAUAAUGCCUACCUGUGGCUACAAAGGACAUUUACAAUGGUGUUCUCAUCGCAUUUACGCAGAUUGAAAUCAUGUCGACAACAUCAUGGUGUGGACAACCCCGUCAAUCUUAUCGAUUGGUACAGAGACGAGGUCACAGUGCUCAUCACUUCUUCCCUCGAGCUCGAGUAUCCUAUGUCCGUUCCCCCGAACGUCAUAGCAUGUGGCCCAAUUAUACCACUCGCGCAAUCAUUGAUCAGGCGAGAACAGCUCUGGAAAGACUGCUUAGAAUGCUGGCCCGAUUACCGACAACCUAUACUCCUAAUCGACCUGCAAAGUCUCACAGGAGAUGAUGCACGUCAAAUCGCACAGACGCUCCUUGGCAUUCCUCCACGGCAAUACGAGCACCUCCAGGUUUUGUGA